AGAUGUGUUUAAAGUAAAUCUGCAGUAGGAACUAGAAAUUAAGCACACUGUCUGCAAAGUAAAAAAGUGACCAUUGCUUUGCUGCAUUCAUUUGAGAAUUGUUUUUCUAUUACUUGGAUUUUAGUUUGUGCAAAGUAAGUUAACACUAAGCACUCUCUUAGAAAUACGAAAACAAAUUUCACUCCUGUCCAUUUCUACAAAUACCAUCUCCUUUCCCUUGUCAUUUUGAAGUUACUUGUAACAAAUUGACACAGGACCUAAGACUAUCCAUUGAAACAAAAGGGUGGUAAACCCAAAGUAGAUAAUCUGAUUUUUGUCUUCUGUUUGGUAAUAGCAUGAGUUUUUUGCUGUAUGUUCCUGUUUGGAAGUAUAGGUUGUUACGUUCCUUAAGGUUAGCCUUUCAAAGUACCUUUAACUUGAAAUUAGCUGUUGUUUUCUGUUUCCUGAGAAUGUGGUUUAAUUUCUGUGUUAGAAAUGAUAUAAUGUUGUUAGAAUGUAUGGAGUAUGUGAACCUUACAUAUGGUAAUGUCAGUCCAGUUUGGAUGACAGAGGAAAGGCAGUGAAAUGCCUUUAAUCCUUGUAAAGGAUUCAUACUACAAUAGAGAAUAUUCUUUCCUUAACAGUGUUAACAUAUAAACUAAGGGGAUUGCAAGGGAUCAUUAUGUAACAGUAGCACUUUGGAGCAGGGUGGCUGGGCAGUGGGAUAGGUGGUGUUUGAUGCAUUACAGAUCUUAAUAUGGCAUUACAUCUGUUGCAAUAUUGCAAUAUUCCGAAUUUUGUUUCUGAAGGAUUAGAUUGAGUCUUAAAAAUUAAAAUCUUACUCUGUAGAAGGGGAGUGUGCUCAGUCAUGAAAAAGGAAGGGUAUUGCAAUAUUCUUACUUGAUAUUUUUUCCUACCAAUAUGUUUAAAUUAUACAUUUAGUAGUAAAUAUUAGGUAUUUUUUUCUAAUAAAUAGUCAAAUCCACUUCUGCAGUUACUGCAGCAAUGCUCCAGCAGGCAGGAAUAUGGUGCAAUUAAUUCUCUGUAAGAAAAAAAUCUUUAUUGCCAUGUUAUUGAAAGAUGUGGAAGUUUCAUUUUAGCUAGCAGGCUCUGUUUGCCUUAUGCUCCCAUGAGUCUAGCUAAUACAGGUGGUAACAGUGAUGGAAGUGCUUAUCCCAUACGUGAGGAUAUUGACAGAAAAAGGUUUUUGCUGGUUUUCAUAUGCACAAAUAUUCCUGGAGUAUGACUUUGGUCUUGUUAACGCAGAUGGGAGCCAGUAGAUGAACUGCAUUGGGUAAAAGAACUUCAUAUAUGGAAGGAUUGUAAGCAAGCAUUAGUGUACACAGCACAGAAUAAAUGUUAAGUAUUUCAUGCUGUAGUAUAAUUACUCCUUAUUGUAUCUGGGCACUUAGGAUGCUAGGUGUCCUGAAUUGUUUUUUGUAUGGGUGAUUGGAGGUUUGAAUGAAUGAAGACCAAAUACCCUUGUGAAUAGGAGCUUCUGGGAGAGACUGGAAACUUUUCACCUUGCUAAUGUGCACAAUUGUUUUUUUUUUUUGUUAAAAGCAAAAAUAUACCCAAAAUAUACCCAAACACAAGAAAGUGAAAUGUAUGACCAUAAUGAAAAAUUAAAAAGGGAGCUGUAAAAGUCUUCCAACUGUUUUGUCCUGAUGUUCCAAAAUUGCUUUCCACACUUACAAUUUGAGGUUUUUGUAUAAUUUAUAUUGGCAUGUACACUUUUUUUUGGUGGUCAUAUAAAGACUGAUAAUUUUCUUCCUGACUUUGCUGGCAGCAACUUCUAUGUUUUAAGGCUGCUUAGUGUGCCAGACACUAAGUAACCACCUGAAUAAAAUGUAAGCCUUCUAGCUCAGGCUUGGAGUCAUUUGGGUAAGCUGUAACAAGUAGUUUGGCUGUUUGAGGAUAUGACAAAAAAGUAAGGCACAUCAUUCUCUGUGUUAUAUUUUUUUACUAUUUUUUCCCUCUUGAGUGUGCUUUCAUUCCUCUCUGGUUUGAAAGUAGAUAACAGUCAUUUCAGUAAGACCUUGUGCUUUUGUUUGGACUGUACAGUGUCAUUUAUUUUAUGUGAAGUUGCAGGUUGCACUUGUUUACUUUGAUCUAGUGCUGUGAAACUCUGGAAACGUGAGCUCUGUACAUGCUUCCAGGUUUAAAUCUGUGUUCCAUGGUUAUCAGUCGUAAAUGCUAUCUGCCUGAAAUAUUUCCUACUGAUUUGGUAUAGCUCAACAGCAUUACCUCAUAGCCUUUUAAGUGAGAUGUAUUGUGUAGUUCCGCUGAAGGUUCAAGAUCCUGUCUCGUUCCAUCAUUAUUUUAAGAAGAGUGGGGAAUAAAAGUAAGAUCCACAGAGGCAACUGUGUGUUCAGCCUCAUAAUAAUGGAUUCUUACCCCUGAGGUUCCUGUGCUUGUAAAAGUCAGGGAGCUCAUAGAUGCGGCGUGAUCUCAAGAUGUAGAUUUGCAGUCUCUCAAGCAGAGGAAGGAAGGAAGUAGAGUUAUUCCUUAUCAUCAGUAUGUAUUCCCAACACUGACAAUUUUUAUUCCAAAGCGUGGUAUGCAUCUACGUUGCACGGUCACACACAAAAAUGCUCUGUGUGUUUUCAAGAAAAGCAGCAGCCUCGGUGCCUUGCAUGGAGCCCUUAUCUGAUAGAUAUGAUCUUUGUCUGUUAGAUUGAGUUUCUGCAGCAGAGAUUAGCAGAGCAACGUAAUUACUUCUGGCUACAAAGUAGGUACUUCAGCGGCUUGUGCAACCAGCGUUUCUACUGGUGGUUUUAGUAAGGGCUCUUUGAACUCCUCUGGCACUGUGAUCAGGCAUUAAAGAUGUAAGCCAUAUUAUGAUUCAUUUAAGAUACUGUAGGCUGCACAUUUGUCACGCUGCAAUGGGGCUUCAUUAAAAGUGAAUGUUGAGUUACUGUAUCUCGGUUCACUUGGAAAAAAAGAAAUUCUUUGAACGUUACAUUUGGCAUACUGAUUUUUUUUUUUAAAGCUUUUGUUUGCACUAAAAUGUUGUACUUUAUAUAUCUGUCCACAUGGAAAGCCAGUACAAUGUAAAAUACAUGUGUUUUUACAUCACUUAUUGAGUGUUAAAGCUAAAACUAUGAAACUUACUUGGUGCAACUUAAUUGCUGUGAGUAAUGCAAAAGCUUUGAAUGUAAUCCUUGGGAAUGCUUAAGAUACUAAUUAUAUUCCAACCAGUCAAGGUGCACUUGUUUUGAAACUAGUCUGAGCUGGUCCCUUCUGAGAACCUGGUAUUUCCAAUGCUAAAGGUGGAGAAACAGAUUAAUUUCUACGAAAAUGAGUUAUCCUUCAAAACCAGGGAUAGGCUUCAAAGCAUAGUACUUUAUGACAAAAGGUACUUUCAGAUCAAAAAAGCAAGGCCCAAAUAUGCUAAACACAAGAGCUCAAGAACAGCAAAUCACUUAGGUUUGGUCCAGGUCUAGCUGCUGACUGCUAUAUAGAAUCCUAACUUGCUAAUUGACUGUAGUUAAAUUCUGCAGAUUUAGUAUGUAAGCUACAGAUACUGCUUUAUGGACUCUCCCUUAAGGCAAUUAUUUUAUUUGUUAUGGAGUUUCUGAGAGAUUUUUUUCAUUGCCUUGCUUUACACUUCAGAUACUUUUACAAUUGUUUUUUAAAAUGCAUUUCAGAAAACUGGUUACUGGUCUAGCCAGUUCAAUGGACCACCUAGAUUCAAUAGCAUAUCAAAGUUUUCUAUUUUGGAAUUGUGAAUCUUACUUGCAAACAUAUUCCCUUUAUCUUUCUGAGUAAUUUAAAUAGAAUUAACUCUAAGUCAUAUCCAAGUUUUCCUAUUAGCUCUCCUGUAGUAUAUUCCCUAGUGGAUAAAACUAUACUUGUAUUCUUUUUGCAAUUUAUUCAUCUUAGGAAAAAGUCUGUCAGCUAUAAUUUUGAAUGAGGGCUUCCUCCUCCUAUUAUUAGCAUUUGUUCUUCAGUCUAAAUCUGAGAAUAAAUUCCAUUCCUAUUGAUACCCUUUCUAGUGAUAAUAUAAAGACUUCUUUUACAGCAAUCUUCAUUCAUAUCCAAAUCUUACCCAGUUGAUUUCAUAGCAGGGACUCAGAAAUGUCCAAGUAAAACUAUUCUAUCUCAAAAGUUCUGACUUAGCUGGCGCUUUAUUCAUAACGUCCCUUCUGUUCAUCCAUUUUGUCUUGUGCUUAUACAAGUAUAGCUUAGCAGGUCUGUGUUUCUUUCAAGAACACAAAUGCCUUUGGUAUAAUUUACUCUUCCACCAUGUUUCUGUAGCCCUAUAUCACCUAUUUCAUGUUUUAGGCCUCCUUUUUUUGCUUAAAUUCCUCCUAUUUUAUUUUUUUUAACAUCAUCUGAAACACCUCAGUUGUAUUAGGAAUGCUUCUUUUGUUCGUUUCAUUGCCAGGCAGCAGUUUUUAAUUACUACUAUGUUAAAAAAAAACCAAACCAAAACAAAAGACCCAAACCCUUGUGUCCAUUCAUUAGUAUACUAGUCUGUAUUUCUGUAUUCUUACUUAUCUGAUUUUUUUCCCCAUUAUUUUGUGCUAGCCAAAUGAGCUAUGAAUAUGAUAGAAGGUUGUCCCAAUUUCUGCCAUCAUUUUUAGUUUAAAUUCUUCCAUCAGUUUUGGCAGUGUUAGUUAGGCAAGAUUACCUCUCCAUUAUUUCUGUAGUAAAGCUCUGUCUCCAGAGGUGAGGGUAUUUUUUUUUUUUUUUUUUGAUACAUUUCAGUGGCUGGAUAUCUUAAGAUAUUCUAACUUGGAAGUGAGAGCUAUUAAUCUUUCAAACUUAAUUCUCCUUUUAGGGUACUUUAAGCUGAAUAAUAUGAGACUAUAUUUAAAUAACCUAGAGAAUCAUAGUAAUUCUUGAUCUGUUCCAGUAAUAAUUUUGAAUUGCCAUUUGUUUAAAUGGAACCUCCAGUCACCAUGUUUUCUUUGCUUUACAUAAUUGUCCUCUGUGUGUCAGAUCCCCAUCUCAGAGAAGCACAGUUCUCCCAAAUCUGCUUUUUAGAUUCAGACCAGCCCUGUUGGCCUUCACACAAUCUCCAAUCAUAGAAACCUGUCUGUCUUCUGGUAUUGGAGUAAAUCUCUUGUUCUGAGGUUCACUCUUCAUUACCCCCUCUUACUACCUACGUCCUUACCAAUCAUCCCUUAAAAUACCUUUGGUCAAGUAGUCCUGUCUUUGGUAUGAUGAUUGAUACUGGAAUCAUGCAGCUUUGCAAAUUACAUCAUGCAAUUAUGACCCAGGUUUUCUAAGUACUGUUUUGGGUAAGGAAGGCAUGGUAUCAAGGUGAACAUUGUAAUGUUUAGGUAACUUUUAUGGGUGAGUCAUCAAAAUAGUGGUGGUAAUUAUUCAGAAUUUGGUGGUUAAUAUGGAUAUUGAACAGAAUUUUGCAUGUGGUAUAUUACAUUUAUAUUCCAAGUUGAAGUCCUUGUCUGCCUUUGUGCCACUGCAUUUGGGUGCCCUACUUUUCAAGUGACCUCUACCUCUUAUUGCCUGUGCCCUUUAAUGAUGACCGAUCUGUUUCUGUGCCUUCAAGCUUAGUUAUUUAUUUUUAUUUAAAUAAUUAAGCCUUAUGUAGAUGGGUAAAAGGUGUGACUGGUGAUGAGCUGACGUAAGAAACACGUUAAUGAAUGGAAAGAGAAAGCAUGGGAGGAAGAAGUGCCAUCAAUAGAGCUGAAGGAUUCCGUCUGAGGAAGCAAGGCUGCAGUGAAGCAAAUGGCAUUCUUUUCCAUGUAAUAUAUCUCUGAAAGGAUGCAGUGAGUAGAGGUUAGAAACCAUCUAUUCAUGCAAAAACCUUGGGAUGGCUGUAGAGCGAGCCUUUAAUUCCUUUAAUGCACUAGCUAAAUCCUUAAAUUCUUCAUUAUGAAUCUAUCGCUGCCUUACCUUCUUUUGGGGUACUAAUUUAUGAUUGCACAAGAAUUGGAGUGCAUGUGAUGCAGACCUCAAAAAAUGGGCUGAAUAUCAGCAAAGAGUCUUGAUGUAGGAGAAACAUGGAGACAGAAUGAAUGAGGGUGUUUUGUACCCCCUUAUUUUCUCCCUCUCAAUAUCUAAGCAUAGUUUUCAGUUCUUCACAGUCUGUCAUUUCAGAGCAAUGUAUCAGAUCACUCCAAAUGUCAUUUGGUGUCUUUGCACACCUAUGACAGUGGUAUUUGUUAAACAGUAUGGUCACAGUUUGACAGCUGGUGUCAAAAUACAGCCAAGUAGUUUGUUGUGUGAUGAGUGCACAUGACGUUCCCAGUAGCUGUUUUUAUACCAACAUCUCUCUGUCUUCCAAAGAUUUCUCUUCUUCCUUUUGACACUGGUCUUUCCUUUCUUGUGCUUAUUUUCCCUUCCUCCUUAUAAAGCUGCUACAGGAAAAUUUAUUAAUGUGAUUGUGAAAGCUAAAGAAAGGUAGCAACUGAUUGAUUGUGCAUUGUACAUAGGACUCUGGUUGAAGAUGACAGCUCUGAGUAGGUGACCUUGAGGUAGAAGAAUGUUGACAUACCAGAGUCUUUUGUAGUCAUGCAGUAAGGCAGUGAGAAGAGGGGCAACCUCUUGCGGCAGUGACACCCAGUUCUGAAACACCACAUGAUGCUCUUAAAAGAGCAUGAGAACCUGCCAGGAAAAAGUAGUAGUUCUUUACAAACAGUCUGAGAAAUUCUGUAGUACACAUGAAAGUGGUAACAUUACAGCUGAUGACUGCAUUCAGACCUCUUAGAAUUGAAGGUAACAUUAAGUGCGUACUUCAAUAUGACCUACAAAGUUACAUCCAACCCUUGAUUUUUUUUUGGUAACCAUUUCUACCAGUGAACAUAUAUAGCAAAUGUGUGUAGAUAUGGAGAAAUCUAGUUACUGCAGGGUGCUUCACUGUAUAGAUGAUGUUAGUUCUCCUUCCCUUUUUGUACUGUACCGGCUUAGUAAUGCUAUUGUCAAUGCUGCCUUGAAACAUCCUUCAGGGAAAGUAAGUUAUGGUAUCAUCAUGGAAAACUUAUGUAGGAUUCCUUGUGUUUCUUACGGUAACAGAAUCCAUUCAAAAUCAUUUGUCUUCCUUUCUCCUUCUUUGUGUCAUAUUGCCUACUUCCUAUUUGUGGUUUCUGUAGGACUGGGAGAGUAAUAAUAAUGACAACAUACUGAUCAGAUGUUUGGCCUUGUAAACUCUGAAGCAAAGUUCCUUCCUGUUAACCAAAUGAGAAUGCUGGUGGUGUUCCUCCAUACAAGCUCUCGCUUGGGCAAUGUUCUCUAAAACCAGUGAAGCUGAGUAGGUUUGAAUUCAGGGCAGAGUUUGGCCUUGAAGCAUUUACUGAAGUUAUGAACCUUGAAGUUUUGGCCUUUUGGAUUUUCAAAAGGCUGCUGGUGUCAGGAGUAUAGGCUUACAGCUCUUGCAGAGCUCUUUGGCAUGUGCUGUUUCUGUCCAUACUGUGGCUGUUGGGGUCCUUGCUGCAUUCAUAAAAAGUGCAGUUAAUAAUCUGGCUGAUGGCUGAGGCACGGCCACGUGCAGGUUCGGUCUGGGCUGCACAAAGGAUCUGCUGGACUGGUGCUAAGGUUUAUUUGCCUGGGCCCAACCCUUCUGCUUUGGGAGUGAUCUGAAACUUCACCUCAGUUUUCUACUGGGGGUAUGCAUGUAAACAAGGUUUGUAGGUGAGUCUUGGCUUUGGCGAAAGUUUGGAAUUGGUUGAAUAAUUAAAAAAAUAAUAUAAACAGAUUCUAAUUGAAAAACAGUGCUGAGGUGCUGAGAUUUUCUUUUUAAAGAUAAGCAAUCUGGCCAACUUCUUUGAGAAGGUCCACUUAGUACACUGCCCAUAACCAUUUUGAUGUAGUUGCUCAAAAAACCUAAGACAUUGUAAGAGUUCUUUUUGAGCUGUGUGCUGCUAAUAAAGAGGGAUGUGCUACUAAAUAAAGUCUUCAAAUCCUUGUCUCUAAGGAGUUUUAACAAAGUUACUUAGGAAUAAAAUAGUAAAGUCCUUGGGAAUUACCAUUACUAACAGAAAAGAGUCUUAGAGAUUUUUUGUUGUUUUAAAAGCAUUACCACACAUAUAUCUGCAUGCUAAAAUCUGCUUUCAAUCAAAAUGUUUUUUUUUUUUAAUAAACCAGGCUUCUCUGAAUUAUCUGCAAAAGUAAUUGAUUUUUUAGAAUUAAAUUGUUUUCAAUGAAUGAAUGAUGUGAAUGGUGGAAGUUGGAAUAGUUUUCUAUAACAAAAAAGCUUUGAAUAAAGUUAUUAAUGCUUUUAGCUGAAGUAAACUGUAGAAUAGCAUUAAUGAACUCUCAGUGCUAUAACCUUUGACUUCAAAUUAACAUUUUUGUUAUCCAAAACUUUUUAAAGUAGUUGAAGUUCAUGUAAUUUGUUUCCAGCAAGGCUGAUAAGAACAUAUCUAAAAAUACUUAAAAUAUUGUAGAUUGCCAGGGGAUCAAAUAUUAUCUUUUUCAAGGUGACCUUGCAUUUAUUUUUCUGGGGACGCUUUCCCACCCACAAAGCUUAUAGUGAUUUACAGCUUUAAUAUGAAGGAAAUCAACCAAAUUGUUAACAUUAACGUUAAUUUUAAUAGGAUAAAAACUUUGUUUUACUUCCCUGUAACCCCAAACAUACCCCCAACUUUUAACCUAAAGCCAGUAGUCUAGGCUAGGUCUCCAGACCUACGGCUUUCUGAAAAACACAACCCCCCCCCCCCCCCAAAAAAAAAAGAGCCGAAGUUUUUAAAGGGCCUGGCUUUAAACGCGGAGCGAGGAUCGGGCUGGGGCUGGAGACUCAUCAUGCCAGGGCGGCGGUGCGUGUGCCCGGGCGCCGGUCUGCGGCGUUGUGUCCCGGCGGAGCUGCGCGGCCGUGCCGUGCCGUGGCGGGCCCGGCGGUGCGGUGCCGGUGGCGGUGCGGGCGCGGAGCGGAGCCGAGCGGAGCCGCGCUCUCCUCCCGCUCGCUUUCUCUUUCCCCCUCUCUCGCUCGCUCCCUCUCCCGCUCGCUCUCCCCCCUCCCUCCCUCGCUCUCUCGCUCUCCCUCUCUCUCUCCUACACUGCCAGCCCCUGAUGUGAUGGCGAAGAAACCCCGUUGACAAGGCACUGCUUUUUCAUGACGUUCCUCCGAAUCGCUCCGUGCCUCCUGCUUUUAACCGAGGAAUGGAAACGGUGCCGCUUUUUGCGGGUGCGCGAAAUGCUCGGGCGUUGUCAUGGAUGAUGACGAUGAUGAAUCCUGUCUCCUUGAUCUUAUUGGGGACCCACAAGCGCUGAAUUAUUUUCUACAUGGACCUAGUAGUAAAUCUAGCAAUGAAGACUUGACUAAUGCAGAAUAUUCUGUAGCCAACUCAAAUUCAAUUUUUGCCAACUCCAAUAACACUGAUCCUAAGUCGUCUGUAAAAGGUGUAAGUGGUCAGCUUGGAGAGGGGCCUAGUGAUGGACUGCAGCUGUCCAGUAGCCUUCAGUUUCUUGAAGAUGAACUUGUGUCUUCUCCUUUACCUGAUCUUACUGAGGAUCAGCCUUUUGAUAUUCUUCAGAAGUCCUUACAGGAGGCCAAUAUUACUGAACAGACUUUGGCAGAAGAGGCAUAUUUGGAUGCCAGUGUAGGUUCUAGCCAACAGUUUGCACAAGCUCAGCUUCAUCCUUCUUCAUCAGCAUCCUUUACUCAGGCUUCUAAUGUUUCUAAUUACUCAGGUCAGACGUUGCAACCUAUAGGAGUUACUCAAGUGGUACAGCAACCUGUUGGAGCAUCUUUUGCAAGCAAUACAGUUGGUGUGCAACAUGGCUUUAUGCAACAUGUCGGAAUUAGUGUUCCUGGCCAGCAUUUGUCUAAUAGCAGCCAGAUUAGUGGUUCUGGGCAGAUACAGCUGAUUGGUUCAUUUAGUAAUCAGCCUUCCAUGAUGACCAUCAAUAACCUCGAUGGAUCUCAGAUAAUACUGAAAGGCAAUGGUCAGCAAACACCUGCAAACAUGAGCAGUGGCCUCUUGGUUCACAGACAAACUCCAAAUGGGAACUCACUGUUCAGUAACUCAAGUUCAAGUCCUGUAGCACAACCUGUAACUGUUCCAUUUAACAGCACAAAUUUUCAGACUUCAUUGCCUGUCCAUAAUAUCAUCAUUCAAAGGGGUUUGGCGCCAAACUCAAACAAAGUUCCUGUUAAUAUCCAACCAAAGCCUGUUCAGAUGGGUCAGCAGACUGCUUACAAUGUGAAUAACUUGGGAAUACAGCAACAUCAUGUACAGCAAGGGAUUCCAUUCGCUUCUGCAAACUCACCUCAAAGUUCAGUAGUUGGUCCUCAUAUGUCCGUUAAUAUUGUUAAUCAACAACAAAAUACAAGAAAAUCAGUUACACCUCAGACAGUUAGCAAUGCUGGAGGUAGUAUUGUUAUCCAUUCUCCUAUGGGACAGCCUCAUGCACCUCAAAACCAGUUUCUCAUACCUACAAGUUUGUCUGUUAAUUCAAAUUCAGUUCAUCAUGUCCAGGCCAUAAAUGGACAACUUCUUCAGACUCAGCCUUCCCAGCUGGUUCCUGGCCAAGUGUCUGCCGAGCAUGUAAUGCUCAACAGGAACUCUACAAACAUGCUGAGAGCCAACCAGUCGUAUUCAGGACAGAUGCUGAAUAAUCAGAACACAGCUGUUCAGCUUGUUUCAGGCCAGACAUUCACAGCUCCUGGAAACCAAGUUAUAGUAAAUCAUGGAACUUCCCAAAUUGUUGGUGGACAGGUGCCACUGCAGCAGGCGUCACCAACGGUGUUGCAUUUGUCACCGAGCCAAGCUAAUGUUUCUCAAGGCAGAUCGAGUUUUACCACCAUGUCACCUGGGCAGUCCACAGUCUCAAAUAUGUCAGCUUCUGGUCGAUUUGCUGCUGCGAGUUCUUCUGGUUCAGUGCACCCCAGCUUGGGAGCAUCCGUUCAGUCUGUCGCAUCGGGAGGGAACUUUACAGGAGAUCAGCUGGUCCAGAACAGAGCUCAAGCUGCCGUCAGUGCAUCGCAUCGUCUUCCAGCAUCCUCCUCCAAGUCUGUCAGCACCUUUAGUCACACGUCUGUGGGAGUAACACAACAACAGUUUGCCUUUGGUCAGAAAAAGGCCGUGAACCAGACAUCACCAGUUUCUGCAUCGAAGACACAGGACAAUUUGAGACAGCCUCAGCUAACAAGUCUUCUGAGCAACACACUAUCAGGACAGGACUCUGGAGGAAAAAUCAUACAACAAUCUCUAGGAGCAGCACAGCCACAAGAAAAAGUGAUAGGAUCGUCAACAGUUCAGCAGAGUAUACAGGUUGAUGGUCAUUUAGUUGGACAGAAAAGGCCUGCUGCUAAACAGUUAACUAAAGGAGCUUUUAUUCUGCAGCAAUUACAGAAGGAUCAGGUACAUGCUGUGACACCAGAUAAAAGUCGGUUCAGAUCAUUAAAUGAUGCAGUUCAGAGACUCCUUUCAUACCAUGUGUGCCAGGGAUCAUUGCCAACAGAAGAAGAUUUAAGAAAAGUGGACAGUGAAUUUGAAUCUGUAGCUACACAGCUUCUGAAGAGGACACAGGCUAUGCUGAACAAAUACAGAUGUUUGCUUAUAGAAGAUGCAAUGCGGAUAAAUCCCUCUGCAGAAAUGGUUAUGAUUGAUAGGAUGUUUAACCAAGAGGAAAGAGCAUCUCUGACCCGGGAAAAGCGUCUUGCACUUGUGGAUCCUGAUGGUUAUCAGGCCGAUUUUUGUUGUUCUGCCAAGCAAUUUGAGAAAACAGCUGAAGAAGCACAGUCCAGCAGAAGUGACCAUCAGUCUAGCAAAACAUUACCUUCUCGAAGUCAAGCUACCAAAACCCAAGCCAGAGACCGACCAAAAUCCAGCUCAGCAGAGUCCGCAAAUCACAGUAAACUUCCUAUAGUGCCUAACAACAUUCUGACACCACAAGAAGGAAAAGCUUCUACUAAAAAAUCCGAGAGCCUCACUAAAGCUUUAAAGUUUGAAAGAGCUAAUUGUUCUUCUGAGAGCCAAUACGUGGCCCUUUCUGAAGAAAGGAUGAGUGGGAAAGAUCUUGCCAAGCCCACUGAGAAUUCUUUGAGUUCUGAAGACUUGUCAAAAAUAGUGUCAAGAGGCAGUCAUGGAACACACAAUAAAAUAUCAAGGAAUGCAGUUCAGUCUUUCUCAAAGGUAACGUGUAAUAAUUCACUUCAAGACAACACUCUGAGGAGCUCUCCAAAGAAUGAGGUUUUGCAUCCUGAUAACAGGAAAGGCUCUGGUGAACCCCAGGAAGACUUACUGCUCAGUAAGAGUUUAGAAACUACAUUUAAAAACAUCUUGGAACUUAAAAAAGCUGGGAGGCAGCCACAAAAUGAAGCGGCAAGUAGUGGCUCAGUUGAAUUAGAGUUCCCUAAUUUUUCACCUAUUGCUUCACAAGAGAACUGCCUGGAAAAAUUUAUUCCAGACCACAGUGAAAGUGUUGUAGAAACUGACUCUAUUUUAGAAGCAGCUGUAAAUAGUAUCUUAGAGUGUUAAUAAUUACAGUACCAUGGACAAGUUCUGUUUCUCUUAGCAGAAGCAAAUGUGAAUGACACCACAAGUACAGCCUGACAUGCAUUUAAGGUUAACCUUUCUAAACUAGAUUCUGUUCUGUGUUUGAGAGCAAUACUCAUUGUGGUUACAGUGAGAUAUCCAAGUAAAGUUAAUCCUUGUUAGAAUGCAGUCUGUUAGGGCCUUACUGUUUCAAGUAUUAUUAUGAUAGUGCUUUUGAUUAUUGAGCAGUACUGCAACGUAACAGGGUUGCAGGUUGUUAGGCCCUAUAUAAUAUGGUAAUAUACUGACAAUCACAGUCAUUUGAAAGGAUAUAUUUAUUAAGAAGAUGUUUUUAAAGAGUGAUGGAAGCAACAAUUCUCCCCUACCCUUCUCUUCCACAAAUCAUCAAAUUUUUAGUUUUUCUGGAAAACCCACUGUACCUCGAUUCAGAAGUGAUUAUUUGCUUUGUUAAUGAAUCUGUAUUCUAGGAUUCUUAAGUUGGAAGGAAAUCAGCAGUGUGUUUACAAGGCUUCAUAAUUUAAACUUUAAGUGCUUUUCUAUUGCUUUCUGAGCAGAAACUAGUACUUGAUAUAUUUGUAGUGGGUAACUUUAGUCUGUGGGAUGAUAUUAUAUGAUCUUAGUCACAGUGGCAUGAUAUGAAGUAAUAAAUGCUUGACUAAGGAAGGUAGAAUGGAAGCCAGUAAAUAGCAAAGUGUACAGGAUGAGGCCAUGAUAGAGCCAUGAAUUUAUAUAUAUAAUACAUAUAUAUGUUAUCUCUUGAGGAAAAGAUUUUGCAUUUUAUAAUUGGAUGUAGUCAGCCUUGAGUCUUUCUGAAAUGGUAUAAAUUUUUUUUGGUUUUUUUUGUUUGUUUGUUUGUUUGGUUUUUUGUUUUGUUUUUGUUUUUAUUUUUUUUGUUUGGUUUUUUUUUAGACCAAGUGUCAAAAGCACUUUGAUUUGAAAACUGUAUUUGUAGCUUAUAUUUUAAGAGGAUGUUAGCCUUACUCUGAGUAAAUUUAAAGGCCAGUGUUUAUUUUUGAUUUUGUUUUGCUUUUUGCUGUCAGAGAAUGUUAAAUCAUCCACCGUAGCAGUCAUUAUUAUCAAGAUAUGUACAGACCAAAGUUGAUCAGCAAUCCCAUUGUUUAAACAUAUCAAAAAAAUGUGUAAUUAUUAAUUCAUAUUGUAAAGCCAAGUGAAACCAUUGCAUGGUUUGCAUUUGGCUUGCUGUCAUGUUGUUAAGAUAGAAUCUUAUUAUUUUAUUUAUUUAUUUUAAUCUAUGACUCUUUUUUUCCUGCCCAUGCUGCUUUGUUCAAGUUUACUUUGGUCAUGAGUGCUUUAGUGCACAUAAGCGCGCUGACAUUGGUCACGUGUGUGUAGUACAUAUGUCUGCUCAGGAGGAUACAGCUUUUGUGGUUUCUAAGAUAUGCUCAUGUUCUCCCCCAGAACUUCUCCACCAUUUCUCAGAAACAUUACCAGCCAUUUUCCAGACUUGCUGAUUAUGAUUUUCAUUAUGUAAGAGGCUCGUUGUGACAAGCUGUGGUUGUCAGUGAGAUUGCCAGGAGAGAAACCAAAAGGUUUUGCUGGUGUGUAAUUCAGUCCAUCUCAAUGGCAUGGAAGGAAGCCGAAUUAGAUCCUUGGGAUAGUAGAACAUUACAGUGCAGCUCAGUACUGAGCUACAGUCCACUGUCUGACCACUAAAGGAAACCAAAUCUAGAAAGCAAUGAGAGAAAGAUGAACUUCCUUAAAAUUCAUUUCCCCUUCAACAUGAAUGGAAAUACUGGUUUUAUAUGUUACUAAUUGCCAUUUUAAAAAGUUGUGCCAAUUUUAAAGUACAUGUUUGUAAAAAUCCAACAGUCCCAAGUGUUGUAUGAAAUAUUAAUAAGUAUUGCCAGUUUUAAAUUUUUAGUUGGGUGUCCACAGAAUAGACUUUCAGGCAGGUAGUUGUUUUCUUAUUGGCAAAACUGACAAGAUAGUCUUCACCUAUUGCCUUUUUAGAUUUAAUAAUAUUCUCAUGGCUGUGUAUCCUGAUGCAUAUUUUAUUUUAUCAUUUUGGAAAUUUUAUUAAUUUAUCAUUCUGAACUAUUUAGGAAGGAGAGCAGUAAGUUACACAGCUGUAUGCUAGCUGGUUAAAUUUUUCUUCUAUUGAGGAAAAAAAAGGUGAAGUUGCACAUUCAUCAGUCCCUUUGCUUGUUGUACCACCUUGAAAUGGGUAUGGGGUUUUCAGCCUCUCUACAGCAAAUACAUAACUGAAGUAUCAGGUUAUGUGUCUUCUAUUGGGUCUCAUUGGGAAGGGAGGACAAUGGCAUGUAAAAAAUGACAAAUUGCAAACAGUAAUGGUGAUUGAUUUGGUCAGACACAUUUCUCUGAACUGCUGAUGAGAGGAACCCCUUGAACAAUCCUAGUAAGAUUGAUCUUAGAUUGUUAAUGUUCUGUUGUUCACUCCUUUGAAUUCAAUUUUAAAGGAAUUCUGGUACGUGGUGAAGCAGUAAAUGAAAUAAUUGUAUUUUUGUGGUGCUUAAAAAAAGUUUUAUUAAUCAUAUGGGCUCAAGUCCAGCAAAGUAUUGUGAAUAUGCAUGACUUUAAACAUGUUUUCAUUAUUUUGCUGGAUCAGCAUUGUGAUUUCAAUGUUAUUUAAUACUGCCUAAUAUUAAAACAAAUUUUAAACUGGCAAUUAAGAAAACUAUGUUAAUUUUGAAGAUUUUGGUAUAAUUUAUCUGUUAGAGUAGGGAGGCCUUACAGACUGACUUCACUUAAAGAGGAUGUGUCACUUAUUGUCAGCGUGGUAUGGACUUUAUUUGCUUAAAUACCUUCAUUUGUAAAGUAUGUCUCACUUGAAAUUGCUUUGUAUACAUUUUGUAAAAAUAUUUAUAAAAUGUUUUGUAAAAAAAAAAAGUAUAACAAAUUGCAGUUUAUUUUGUUAUGUUGGAUAAAUACUGUUAAAAGACACAAGUCAGUAAAUAUAUUGUUAAUCCAUGGAUAGGAAAUGUUUAGUUGGAGAUGACAAAUUGAAACAACCAUUGCAAUACAGCCAAAGAUUUGGGAAAAAAUG